AUGGGUUGGUUUGUAAGAGAGAGAAAGGGCAUAAGCUGGAAAGACCAAACCCUAGAAUCCAUAUCUGCACCGCCGUUGCCGUUGGUCGUGUUUUCCGUGCUGUUGAUCGUUUUACUUUACUUCGAAACUUCGUUUGAGCAAAAGGAAAGGGUUGAGAGGAACAAGUCUGGCUUCAGAUUCGGCCUCCUGUUGCUGCCGUUGGUGGUGGUUCUGGCCGUCAACAUGACUAUGCUCCGCCACAAGAUGCUGCGUUACAACUUCGGAGCGCCCAAGCCUGUCGUCUACGAAGCGGCGGAGGACGGUACCCCGGUGGCGCGUUUGUUGCUCUUCUUGCUUCUGCUUAUUCUCAUGGUUCAUUAUCAGUCUUCUUUUCAUUCCUCUUGGUUUAGACUCUUCUAG